GCCUAGUGUUCACCCGGAUAAGAUUGAGUUUGACAUGUUGACAGAGCCGUUUAGCCGGUUAUUCGAGUUCAAGCCUGAUGACAUUUGUAGAAGCGGCCAUGUUUAUUAUUUGACUACGAUGGUGAGUGUGUGUUCGAACACAUCGACAGGAAAAAAAAAAGAACUCACUCCACCUAUCCCCUCCCCUCCGCUUCCUCCCCUUUUCGGCUUGUGUUAAUCAUAUUGAAUCUGUCUUGUUUUUCCUCCCGACUACCUACUUCAUUCUCCCUCUUUUUCACAAGUGCCACCCGUGUUGCCAUUGCACCGUUAUUCCUUGAAUUUGUUUUUAUUGUUCGAAGUUUCGAUGUGGUCAGUCGCGGAUCCUAGCGAGAGUCAUUUAUACUCAUUUGGCAGCCGGAGUGUGUUGUAUCUGAAAGAAGAGAGAAGAACAUAUUGCUACAAAGUAUAUUAUACUUACCAUCGAUCUUUAGCCGUCCGUGUUCCUGUACAGCACGGCAUCAUGCAUCAGCCGGACAAAGAAGAAGAAGAAUGGUUAGAACUGAGUACUUUUUCCUUUUCUUCGUCUGAACUACAUAGUGAAAAUGUGGCAGAAACAAGUUUUGGUGAUAUCAAACGAAAAAAACAGGGACUAAAAUCUCAAAACCAUUAUUCUCCAAAUCGAGGAAUAUUUUUAUCACAGAACAGAUCAGCAACUCCAGUGCCGUGUUCGUCAACUUCAAAUUUUAGAAAAGAGAGAAAUAAUAUUGACCAUACAUAUUUUACCCCAAGAACACCUGAACAGCAGAACAUUCCAAUUUUAGAAACUAAUCAAUCAACUAAAAGAGAUUGUAAUUUAUUGAGCAUCAGUGAAGAAACUAGGUGGGAAAAUAUGUUAGGAAAAAUCGUACGGAAAUUAGAAAACUUGGAGGUAAAAAUUGAUUGUAUUGUAGACAACGUAUGCAUCGACAGGAAUACCCAGCGGCGCGUAAGAUUUGAAUAUCAGCAAAUUAGUUCAGUGCAGAAGAUGAAGGAAUUUGACGAAAAACUUGCGGAUAUGACAUAUUUAUAUCGCACAAUAGAUUGGCUGAAGACCAUCAUUACAGAACAAGACAUAGAAAACAGAAUGCAUGAUGCAUUAGAUAUUCUAAUAGACAGGGAUUUUUUUAGCACGUGCACCUGGAGUGGUAAAGGGAAAUUAGAAAAAAAACAUGCAUUUGGAGAGUUUCACAACAUUUUAAAAAUGUUUCAACUAUUUGCUGGUAAUAAUUUUAAAAUUCCUACAGAAGAAUUUGUCAAAAAAUUUAUUCAAAAAAAACUUUCGCACGGCACGGAUAGAGCAAAAGCACAAGGUAUAAGAAAAACAAGUUGCCACAAAAGACGAAUUCAUUGAAAAUUAUUGAUAUAAUCCUGGCUUUUAUCUAAGUAAUACGUUGUUUUUUUAUUAAGCGAACCGUACCGUAUGGCAUUGCGCGUUUAUUUUCGGGUUCUUAGAAUAAAAGACCAAACUGAAUUAAAUAUUAAGACAUUUA